CUCAAAUUGGGCGGAUAUCUUCUCAACUCAAAGAGUGUGCUUUCUUUGCUUCGAUAACUGGCUAGGUAACAACACGUGAGACCGACGGUGGUGAGUCAGGCUGGAAAGGAGAUACAGAGGGAGGAAGCAUUGAAACAAGCAGGGAGAGAGAUAACCGCCAACAUGGGGACAAAAUCGGCGGACAACAGAACCAGUAAUGAACAGGAUAAGGAUCCACGUGUUGCCGUCAAGCCGGGGCCGUUUGGCCCAGACUGCCCGUACCCAAGAGCCCCAGGCCUGUUCCUUCACCCAACGGACCUGCUUCCAGCCCCGCCUGGAGGGCCUGGAGUUCUGCAUCAAACAUGUCCUGGAGGACAAGAACGCCCCCUACAGACAGUGUAGUUAUGUGUCUAACAAGAAUGGCAAGCGCUGCCCGAACGCAGCCCCAAAGGUUGAAAAGAAAGAAGGGGUGACCUUCUGUAUGGAGCACAUUAGGAGGAAUGUCAAGGCUGUCCAGGCCCAGCUGAGGAAGGCCUCAUCUGGUCCCGCUCCUGAGGCCCUCCUAUCUCAGCUCAGUGGAUACAACCUCCCUGAGACACACGGCCCGGACAGUGGCCGCAGUGAAGCCAGCCGCAUCCUAGUUGCAAUUCCAGAUGAGGACAGCUGGCUCUGGACCAGACCUGGAGAGGAGACCCAGACAGUGAAGCUGACAGUGACAACGAGGACCCUCUCAAACGUGCAGGACUGCUCAGCAUCCGACCGUAAGUUUUUGCCCCGUUAUUGUGUGUUCUCUCUACAGGCCCAUACAGUGAGGUCCAGCCAGAGGUGUAUCUCCUACGUGGAGGGGACACGCUGCUCUAACCAGUGUCUUCCAAUGACACAACACUGCAUCUCUCACAUCUACCAGGACAGUAACCAGGUACUGUUUAACGUGUGUCCGGGGCUAAAGGAUGUUCCGUGUGAUCGGCCGGUCCAUAUGGGCCAGUCUGAGGAGCCUCGCUGCCCCCUGCAUCUCUCCCUGCCGCCCCCCAUGUACCAGCCUGAACAGGAGACAGCCCUGGCCCCAGAGCAGCUAGAUGCAGUACUACCCAGAGACAUGUACCUGAGUGCUGCAGAGUUACAGCCCACGGAGAGCCUGCCGCUAGAGUUCAGCGACGACCUGGAUGUAGUGGGGUGUCCUAUGUCCCCUCUGACGUUUGACACAGCCUUGGCCCUGGAGGACCAGGCAGUCAGGGCCAUCGCUGAGGCCCCCAUGGACUUCCUGACCGGGGCCAAGCUGGACGCCUUGGGACACAUGGAGCUCUCUGAGAGAGAUAUGGAGUAUAUAGAGGACCAGAUUGUCAUGGAGGUGAAGGGGAAACUAUAGGAAACUCAACAGAACUGGACCAUGUUGCUGCAGACACUUCCAGAUGAGAGAAGAUAUUUACCUCAACCCAUGUUCUAAUGGGUUGAAAAGACUAAUAUAAAUCUCACCCAUAUAAAUAAAAAAAGACAUAUGUAGAAUUCCAGAGACUGAUGUUGAGUUGAUCAAUCUUUUUACGCUGCUGCUACUCUGUUAAUUAUUUAUGCAUAGUCACUUUAACUCUACCCACAUGUACAUAUUACU